AUGGGCGAAUACCGCGCUGGUAAAGCUGGAAUCAACGCUGAGGCUCAGGCCAAGAUCAACAGCAAGUACAACGAUGACAUCGCUCAUGAGACCCUAGAAUGGAUAAAGACUAUUACCGGCUCACCCGCCAACACCGCUGGUGAUGCCGAAAACUUCUACCAAGUCUUGAAGGAUGGUACUCUUCUUUGCAAACUAGUCAAUACCUUCCAAGAAGGUUCAGUUAAGAAGAUCAAUCAGUCGUCAAUGGCGUUCAAGUGUAUGGAGAACAUCAACGCAUUUCUAGAGGCUGUCAAGAAACUAGGAGUUCCGCCUCAGGAAACUUUCCAAACAAUCGACCUUUGGGAAAGACAGAACCUAUACUCGGUAGUCGUAUGCUUGCAGUCGUUGGGGCGUAAGGCUGGUAACUUUGGUAAACCGUCCAUUGGACCAAAGGAGGCUGAUAAAAAUGUACGUGAGUUUACAGAAGAGCAGUUGAAAGCUGGUCAAAACGUCGUGUCCUUACAGUAUGGCACCAAUAAAGGACAACAAACAGGUCUUUCCUUUGGCAACAUUCGUAAAAUGUAA